AUGGCUAUCGCGCGUCCGAUUCGCAUGCUGGGUGCAGCAUGCAUUCUUCUUUGUCUAUUUCUUGUCUUCCAAUUACACCAGAGCUCCUCUGAAGAAGGGUCCAAGUUGCCUCAUGGCAUGAAAAAGGAUCCUCUUGUAGAUCCGACCGGCGAACCGGUAGGAAACUUAUGGCGAGCGGAUGAACACGAUUACUCCCCCAACAGCGAACAAUCGGCCCGCACCAACGCUGCGCUCAUUACCCUCGUCCGCAAUGAGGAACUUGGUCAGCUGCUCUCGACAAUGACCGACCUGGAGCGAACAUGGAACAGCAAGUUCAACUAUCCCUACAUCUUCUUCAACGAUGUACCCUUCACCGAUGAGUUCAAGCAGAAGACUCAGGCUAUGACCAAGGCCAAGUGCCAAUAUGAACUUGUGCCCAAGGAACACUGGGACGUACCAGAAUGGAUCAAUAUGGACCUCUUCCGCGAGUCGGCAAAGCUUUUGGAGGAACAAGACAUCCAGUACAGCUCCAAGGUCUCCUACCACCAGAUGUGUCGCUGGAACAGCGGCAUGUUCUACAAACACCCUGCCCUCGAAAACUACCGCUACUACUGGCGCAUCGAACCCAAUGUCAAGUUCUUCUGCGAUGUCGACUACGAUGUGUUCCGUUACAUGGAGGAUGGCAACAAGACCUACGGCUUCACCAUCAACCUGUACGACGCACCGCAGAGUAUCCCGACCCUUUGGCCCGAAACCCAGCGAUUCCUCGCCGCCAACCCGUCGUACCUCAGCGACAACAACAUGUGGGAGUGGAUUACGGAUGACGUGGCUCGUCCCGAGCACACCAAGGCCGCGAAUGGAUACUCCACCUGCCACUUCUGGUCGAACUUCGAGAUCGGUGAUCUCGACUUCUUCCGCGGCGAAAAGUACGAGGCGUACUUCCAGCACCUGGAUCGCGCCGGUGGAUUCUUCUACGAGCGCUGGGGUGAUGCUCCCGUGCACUCCCUCGGCAUUGGUCUUUUCGCCGAUGCCGCCAACGUCCACUGGUUCCGCGAUAUCGGGUACAACCACAUCCCGUAUCUCAACUGCCCCAACUCUCCCAAAUGCUCCGGUUGCAAAGCUGGCCAGUUCUUCCAAGGCGCAGACUUCCUUUCCAAGGAGGAUUGCCGACCUACUUACUUCAAGUAUGUUGGAACGCACUAAUUAUCAUGGCGUCCCGUUUGAGCUGUUCUCUCGUCUCUUGUCAUUAUGGAGAGUGCCUCACGACUCGAUUCUUGCAUCACCUUGCAUACCCCUAUGACUUUAUUCCUGAAUAUCAGUGGCUUGGUACCCGGCGUUUGAGCGGACACAUACCUGUGUGUAUUGAUGAUUUUGUG